AUGUGCCGUUAUGGAGAAGAGAUAGAAGCGCCACAAUUUGGUGAUACCUAUUACGUUGAAGCCGUGCUAUCGCUUCCCUAUGCAGAGAUCAAAGAACCAGUUGUCGCUUAUUUCGACGGAUCUAAUAAUAGGAGUCGAGUCGACUAUUACGGAGAUUUAGUUCAAACCAUACAAAGAGCCGAUUUAUCGGACGGAGGCGUUAACUAUAAGUUUGCUUAUAUGGUUGACCCCAAAGGAAACGCACAGAAAGUGUGUUUUCGUAUAAAUGGCACUAAAGAAGUUCCCGUUACUUCUCAACCACUUUUACCCGAUUUAACGGCAUUUAAAAAGUCUGGAACUGAAAUCUGUUCCGAUUUGUUUGGUCUCUUACCAGCGAAAGCUGUUUGCACGACUGGCACUAUAGAAGGGGUUUAUUUUGUAAAGAGCGGUCAUUUAGUGAAACUUUCAGAGCAACAGUUGAUAGAUUGCAGUUGGAAUGAAGGCGACAAUGGAUGUGAUGGCGGAGAGGACUUUAGAGCCUAUGAGUAUAUAAUGAAAGCAAACGGAUUGUCAACUGAAGACGAUUACGGCCACUAUCUGGGAGUUGACGGCAAGUGUCACGACAAGAGUGUGAAGAAAACAAUUCAUUUGAAGGGCUUUUAUAACGUGACUUCUGGAGACACGGAAGCGCUGGCAACUGCUCUCUACUACGAGGGACCCGUUACUGUUGCCAUCGAUGCCUCACAUAAAUCGCUCUCAUUUUACUCGAGUGGUGUAUAUUAUGAGCCCAAUUGUGGUAAUAAACCAGAAAAUCUUGAUCAUCAGGUUCUGGCGGUUGGCUUUGGAAGCCUUAAAGGGGAGAAGUAUUGGCUCAUUAAGAACUCGUGGUCUACUUAUUGGGGUAAUGAUGGCUAUGUCCUCAUGAGUCAAAAGGAGAACAACUGUGGCGUCACUACUGAGCCUACCUUUCCUAUCAUUGCUGAUCACUGAAUGCAAUCAACACAAUGUCAUUGAUUUACACAUUUAUU